AUGAAGAGCGUGUACAUUCUGGCUGCGGCCGCCUCCGUGGCCACCGCCUACAUCCAACCCAACCCCGAGGAAUGCAUCUGCGAUUUCACCGAUGCCUGCUACCUUCGCGUCAAGAACCUCGCCGACCGCGAAUUGUUCUGCGCCUCGAUCGAGGUCCCCAGCUGCGACCUCUCCCCCGUCGAGGGUGCUUGCGGCAGCCGACAAGAUGCCAUCAACGCCUGCGACUGCGUGCCCCAGGAGACUGCCAGCACCACCUCCGCCUCCGAGACUGCCUCUAGCACCGUCUCCGUGAGCCAGUCUACUUCUGAGACUGCCUCCGCUUCCACCACCGAGACUGCUUCCGCUUCCACCUCCGAGACCGCCUCCGCCUCCACUUCUGAGACUGCCACCGGCUCUGCUUCCACCACCGAGACUGCCUCCACCACCGGCUCCGUCACUGGCUCUGCCUCCACCACCGAGUCUGCCCCUACCAGCACCGCUACUGAGGACUGCGACUGCGACUACGAGGACAAGUGUGUCGUCGCUGUUGUUGGCCUUGGCGACUCCGCCGCUGAGUUCUGCGCCACCCUUGAGCAGCCCGGUGCCGACCUCUCUGUCCUGAACGGUGCUUGCGACAGCCAGGUUGAUGCUGUCUACGCUUGCGACUGCCGCACCUCCAAGACCACCACCGCUCCCACUCAGUCCGCUACCACCUCCGCCACUGCCUCCGUGAGCGAGUCCGUCUCCACCACCGAGACUGCCUCCGCUUCCGGUUCCACCACCGAGACUGCUUCUCAGAGCACCGGCACCGAGACUGCUACUGAGCCUACCGGUACUGAGACUGCUUCCACUGGCACUGAGACCGCCUCCACCGAGACCGGCACUCAGACCACUGGUACCGAGACUGCCACUGAGCCCACUGGCACCGAGACCGCUUCCACCGGUACCGAGACUGCCACUGAGCCCACUGGCACCGAGACCGCUUCCACCGGUACCGAGACUGCCACUGAGCCCACUGGCACCGAGACCGCUUCCACCGGUACCGAGACUGCCACUGAGCCUACUGGCACCGAGACUGCUUCUACCGGUACCGAGACCGCCACCGAGCCCACUGGCACCGAGACUGCUUCCACUGGCACUGAGACCGCUACCGAGCCUACCGGUACUGAGACCGCCUCCACUGGCACCGAGACUGCUACUGAGCCCACUGGUACUGAGACUGCCUCCACUGAGACCGGUACCGAGCCUACUGGCACCGCUACUGAGCCUACCGGAACUGCCACUGAGCCUACCGGCACUGCUACCGAGCCCACUGGCACUGAGACUGGCAAGACCACUGAGACUGGCAAGGGCCACACCACCACCACUUGCACCACUGAGACUGAGUCCAAGCCCACCAAGGCCCAGACUACCCCCUAUGAGCCUCCUUACACCACCAAGACCAUCUACACCACUCAGACUCACACCUACACCAAGUGCCCUCCCUACGUCACUGACUGCCCCAACGGUCCUCACGGUCCUUACACCACCACUGAGACCAUUGCUGUUUCCACCACUGUCUGCCCCGUCGAGGAGCAGUACACCACCAAGACCAUCUACAGCACCAAGGUUUACACUCUUACCAAGUGCCCUGCCUAUGUCACUGACUGCCCCAACGGUCCCAACGGUCCUUACACCACCACCAAGACCUACCCCGUCUCUACCACCGUCUGCCCCAUCACUGAGGAGCACCCUGCUAAGCCCACUGCUUACUCUCCCCCUGAGAAGUACACCACCAAGACCAUCUACAGCACCAAGGUCUACACCAUCACCAAGUGCCCCGCCUACGUCACUGACUGCCCCAACGGCCCCAACGGUCCUUAUGUCACUACUGAGACUGUCCCUGUCUCUACCACCGUUUGCCCCGUGACCGAGGAGCACCCCGCCAAGCCCACCGUCUACUCUCCUCCCAAGGGUGCCACCACCCUCUACAAGACCCAGACCUACACUAUCACCAAGUGUGUCGGUGAUGAUGAGGACUGCUACCCCGGCAAGGUCACCACCACCUGCUACCCCACUGGCACUGCUGAGGUUCCUUCUUACACCACUGUCAUUGUUCCCGGUGGUGAGAAGCCCGGCCACGAGCAGCCUUCCAAGCCCGGCUAUGAGACCCCCGAGACUCCUGAGACUCCUGAGACUCCUGAGACUCCCUCCAAGCCCGAGCAGCCCGCUAAGCCCGGCUAUGAGACUCCUUCCAAGCCUGGCUACGAGACUCCUGCCAAGCCUGAGCACGAGGAGCCUUCCAAGCCCGUCUGCCCUGGCGGUGAGAACUGCCCCGAGGAGCCUUCCAAGGGCCAGCCCUCUGCCACUCUCCCCUACAGCCAGCCCACCGAGACUGGUGAGGCUCCCAUCACCCCCGUCACCGCUGGUGCUGGCCGUGCUGGUGUCUCCAUGGCCGUCGCUGCCAUCGGUGUCUUUGCCGUCCUUCUGUAA